UAAAUUUGCGUCGCUCCGUUUACUCGCGCUAGCCCGGCGUGCGCUCGUUGGCUUGUUGUCACGGGUCGCGUUACAGGGAACGCCGGGGGCCCCGCGCCCCGGUUGUGUUUGGGUUGGGGUGGGGGGUGCUUCUUUUUUUUUUUUUUUUAUUUCUUCAAACUCAAACUGACCUUUGACGAUUUGCCGAUUUCUAGGGGUGACAGCCCCUCGGGUGCAUAAAGACCCCCAGGGCCACCAGCGAAUAAACUGAUAGCUCAGUAGGGAAGAGGCGCUGAGGGUGCGCGCACAAUACUGCUACAGAUUAACUGAAAGAAGGGCUUAAUUCUGCCUUUCCCGGGGUGCCAGCAGGGCUCUGGGAAGAGCUACGAUUCCCUCUGCGUUAUCUUUGCAAAUCAGUAGAGACAGCAGCCUCUGAGUAUCAUUGGCAACCUGAAGAUUGAAAAGGCUAAACCUAUAAAAUGUGGAACUUUUGGUGCUACAUCUCUGCAGCAAAGAUACUUAGCUACGGGAGAUUUUGGUGGAAACCUUAACAUAUGGAACUGUGAAAGUAUGGGACCCGAGACAGAAAGAUACUCCUGUCGCUAAUAUGGAACCUGUACAUGGGGAGAGCAAAAGAGACUGCUGGACAGUAACAUUUGGCAAUGCUUACAAUCAAGAGGAACGCGUUGUAUGUGCUGGAUAUGACAACGGCGACAUUAAAUUGUUUGACUUAAAAACCAUGUCACUACGAUGGGAGACCAACAUUAAGAAUGGGGUUUGCAGUCUGGAGUUUGACAGAAAAGAUGUAAAUAUGAACAAGCUAGUGGCCACAUCGCUUGAGGGAAAAUUUCAUGUUUUUGAUAUGAGAACUCAGCAUCCAACCAAAGGUUUUGCUUCUGUUUCAGAGAAGGCACAAAAAUCUACCAUAUGGCAGGUUCGACACCUACCACAGAACAGAGAUAUAUUUAUGACGAGUGGAGGAGCUGGGAGCCUUCAUCUCUGGAAAUAUGAGUACCCAGCCCAGCGCUCAAAGAAGGAUUCUGAAGGAGCUGAGAUGGGGGUGGCAGGUUCUGUCAGUCUCUUGCAGAAUGUGACUCUGUCAACGCAGCCGAUUUCUAGCCUAGACUGGAGCCCUGACAAAAAGGGACUCUGUGUUUGUGGUGCCUUUGACCAAACUGUGAGGGUGUUGAUAGUUACGAAGCUUAACAAAGUUUGACAGGAAAACUAGGAUUUCUGAGGAGAAAGCAGCAUAGCUUGCAGUCUGUAAAUAUAGGAGGGAGAGCCGUCUGGUUUCUAAUUUAAUUUCUCCCUAUUAAAACUGGAUUAAAGAAAUAGAAACCAGAUCUUUCUAUUGAAAGUUCAGAUACAUGCAGUUACGAGUUGUUUGACUGAUGGUGCCGCAAUGACUUGAAGUUGCCUGUGCACAAAACUUUUACCUUCUAGAAAUGUGAAUCUACAUUUAAAAUAAAGUGUGCCUUUGUUAGCGCAAUCUGUAAUUUUAGAAAUCACUUUAAAUUGUUUGUGUUCACUUUAAUCACAGUGCAAAUCUGUUCAGACUUGUUAAAUGGUUUGGCUUUUUUAGAUAUAGUUUUGUCCAUAUGCAUUCAUGCGAUGGAAACUACUAUAUACUUCCUCACAGAAACUUUGUGUUAUUGGAUAUAUUAAUUAGAAUGUUUGUUAAAGUGACUUAGGAUUCUUUAAUACACUAUAGAAACUAUAAUGGAUGCUGAAAUGUUCAGGUUUAAUGGAGUAAGCUUUUUACUGAAAUCAUAUUGAAAUUAAACUAUUAAACAGAGCAAAAUGCACUGUUUUAUUAUUUGAGUUUGGUUUCAUAACAAGUUUUUAUGUUCUGUUGCUUUUAUAUCUGUUUGCAGCUUGGUAUUCUACAAAUAAAAUUAUAUGCAGUGUUGUCUUAA